AUGGCUUCUUCCAACCGUAUCAAGAACGUUGCUAUCGUAGGCGCCGGAGGCAAUGUCGGCAGUUAUAUGGCAGAAGCCCUCCUAAAGACAGGAAAACACACUAUUACAGCUAUUACACGACAUAACAGCAAGAACACAUUGCCAGAAGGCAUCUUAUCAAAGAAGGUUGACUAUGAAAAGCUAGAGACACUUGUCGAAGCACUACGUGGCCAGGAUGCACUAGUCAUUACCCUCAGUGGACAUGCUCCAAUUCAAGAGACCGAGGAGAAGCUUGUCAAAGCGGCUGGCGAGGCAGGUGUGCCUUGGAUUCUCCCCAACGAGUGGUCCCCAGACACAGGAAGUGAAAGCAUGGUGAAUGAUCUUUUCCUUUUCAAGCCUAAGGUGGCCAGUCGGAAGUUAAUCGAAGAGAUUGGGAAAUCAUCCUACAUUGCCCUUUCGACCGGCUUUUGGUACGAGUACAGUCUCGCCAUAGCGCGCAACUACGGUUUUGAUUUCAUCAACCGCGCUGUGAAAUUUUACAAUGAGGGUGAAAACAAGAUUUCGACCUCCACAUGGCCCCAGAUAGGCCGCGCUGUUGCUAGCAUUCUCAGUCUCCCUAUUGAGCCUCAAGAGCCAAAACCAGAAGCGAGUCUUCAGAAUCUGAAGAAUAGAGUUGUGUAUAUCAACUCUUUUACUAUUAGCCAAAAGGACAUGUUGGAGUCCGCCUUGCGUGUCACGGGCACAAAGGAAGAAGACUGGACCAUCACCAAAGAACCUGCUCAGGAGGUGUAUACAAAUGGGCUAGAGCAACUCAAGGGAGGGAAAAGAGAAGCUUUCGCUAAUGUCUUGUAUUCUCGGAUAUUCUUCCCAGAUGGGUCGGGUAACUUUGAAGAUAGCAGGGGCACGCUUAACACUAUGCUCGGUCUGCCGAAGGAAGAUCUUGACGAAGCAACUAAGGUUGCUAUCGAGCGCCAAAAGGCCCAAGCUGCCGCAGGACAGUAG